AUGGCGUCGGGCUGCAAGAUCGGUCCGUCCAUCCUCAACAGCGACCUGGCCAACCUGGGGGCCGAGUGCCUGCGCAUGCUGGACUCGGGGGCCGACUACCUGCACCUGGAUGCACCCUGCUCUUCAGGGAGGUCAGUUUUUUUGCAUUUUGUUCCCAACAUCACCUUUGGUCACCCUGUGGUAGAAAGCCUCCGAAAGCAGCUGGGGCAGGACCCUUUCUUUGACAUGCACAUGAUGGUGGCGAGGCCAGAGCAGUGGGUAAAGCCUAUGGCCGUGGCAGGUGCCAAUCAAUACACUUUUCAUCUCGAGGCGACAGAAAACCCCGGAGCUUUGAUUAAAGACAUUCGGGAGAAUGGGAUGAAGGUUGGCCUUGCCAUCAAACCUGGAACCACAGUUGAAUAUUUGGCCCCCUGGGCUAAUCAAAUCGAUAUGGCCUUGGUAAUGACCGUAGAACCUGGGUUUGGAGGACAGAAAUUCAUGGAAGAUAUGAUGCCCAAGGUUCACUGGCUGAGGACCCAGUUCCCAACUUUGGAUAUAGAGGUCGAUGGUGGAGUAGGUCCUGACACUGUCCAUAAAUGUGCAGAGGCAGGAGCUAACAUGAUUGUGUCUGGCAGUGCCAUUAUGAGGAGUGACGACCCCAGAGCUGUGAUCAACUUACUGAGAAACGUUUGCUCAGAAGCUGCUCAGAAACGUUCUCUUGAUCGAUGAAACAACAAGGAUCCAAGGAUUUCUGCUUGUGAAGCCUUUUUCACUGGAAGAGAGGAAUAUUGACUACCAAAUCGUAUUGUAUUUGAGGCAGUACUGCUUUUCUGAGCAAAUCCAGUCAUUAAAAUCUAUUGUGCAGGAUGUUUAAGAGGUUAGAAAUUGGUGUGUAUAACUACCUUUUUAGUGAAGCAAUUUAUAGAUUAAUGUGAUGAAAUAAUCUGUUUAUACUGGGAGAAUGAUUUUUGUAAAGAAGGAAAAUAUGACCCUGUUAAGGUUAAAAACAAAAAUGUGUCUUACUGAGGAGGAAAAUUAGCUACUAUGAAAACCUUUUUUCCCUGCAUUUUUUAAAAAGAAUGUUCUGUUGUUUCCCAGCUUUACCCCUAAAGCAGAUGGCAUCCUUAUUCUUCCUGCUUCAUGCCAUUUGUGAUUUGUUUAUAUGCUCGAUCAUAUGAAUGGAAUAGAGCUGAAAAUAGAAGCUCGGGUGUGGUGGCAUGUCAGAGUCUGGCAUCUGAAACUUUUUCACUUGCACUUGGCUUAUUAGAAGAUAAAAACAAUGUAUGAAGCCCAGGGUUUUUAAAAUCCAAGCAUAGAUUUUUACCAAGAUGUUUUGUUUUGUUUUGGGUCAAAGCAGGUGGCUCAGUGAUUCCUUCCUGCUCCUGGUUCUUACUCUGAACCACCAUUAGGGCUAUCAAAUAAUGCUUUUGUGUUAGCUGUGAGCAGAAAGAAAAAAAUGUAGUCUCGGAAGUUCUAUAGUGUUCAAUAUUGACUCUGCCCCUUUCUACCUCUUUGACCAUAAUAGAUCACCCAGUCUGUUUUCACUAUUAACUCAUAUGUUGAAUGGAACUGUAACUGCCAUUGAGAAUUAAGAGGUAAUGUGAUAUUAGAAAGCCUAUGGUAUUACUAAACUUCUGCUCAACACAAAAUGGGUAGUAUUAUGUCUGUUUUGUGCAUUAUGAAGCAUUCUGGUAUAAUUUCAUUAAGCCCCUACAUUCUUCUAUAAGUGGGAGAGCAGUUAUUUUUGUCCAUUAUAAGAAAUAGAAACUGAAGCUCUGCCCUUGGGCUGGUACCUGGGAAGGGUCCCACACCGAAUAGGCCUUCUGGUCUCUUCUACUGCUUUAACUACUAGGACUUCCUCAAUUAGAAAUAGCUCUUGAGGUUACAAAAAACAAACUUCUUUUACUUGUCUUUAUUUUCAGUUUAACUGUACCCUCUAAAGAAUUGAGUGUCAAGAACUACUCUGCUAAUCUAUGGAUUUUGACCCCAGGGAUACAGAUUUUAUUCUAAGGAAGAAAGAAUAAGCUGAGAUGAUAGGAUACAGAGUUACUCUGUAAGCUAAGUAUUUAUAACUGUGUUCCCAGUAACCCAGAGACUAUGUAUCAGCUACUUCACUUUUGAAUAUGACAAGGAAAAAAAACCAGUGUUGUUAAAUUUCUUCAGGCUAUAUGUUUUGAAAAAUAAGGUUAAAAAAAUAAGAACACUGACACGUUCUCAUGGAAUAGAACUUGUUUGGGCUUCUUCCUGCCCUACAAGGUAGAAGUUUAUUAAUACUUGUUUUUAUUUUAGCUUAAGAAAGAUUGGUUUCAUGAAUAAUAGCAUUUAAUCAAAUCACACAAUACAAGGCAUAUAGAAAUAACUUUAAUUAAAAAAUGUAGAUUAUACUAUUAGACAUGACAAAGAUUUGAAUUUAUUUGCUGGGGCAACUUGUGUUUUUCUGGCUUUUGUUUUCUUUUUCUUUAAAAAUAAAUGUACAGUGAAACUAUAA